CGCAGAGGAAGAGCAACAACCCAAAGAAGAAGAAGAAUUUAACGGUUCCCGGUUGUUGAGCCGCUCUGCGCUUCACCCGAUGGAUUACAACUUGUCCGGGACCGGAGAGCAUCCCUAGUUUGUUGCCCGGAGAGUCCGCCGAGCUCCUCCUGACCGUUUCCUAUCGGCGAUGCUCUGACAGCUUGCCGCGUUCAGGAUACUCGCUUUAACCCAAGGGCCAGAGAGAUGGAAGACGGCUCUGAGUUGAUGGAGGACGUCGUGUUUCGAGGGGUGGAGUUCUCUGUGAAGAUAGAGUUGGACAAGAACUUGCUGAUGGUGGAAAUCUCUGACUCCGUGACAGCAGAUCAGUGGAGGGGGGAGUUUGAUCCGGCGUACAUUGAAGAUCUCACUCGCAAAACUGGCAACUUCAAGCAGUUUCCCAUUUUCUGUAGCAUGUUGGAAUCUGCUGUGAGGAAGACGAGUGAAUCUGUCAACCUCGACCUCCUGACUUACGCUGACCUGGAGCUGCUGCGUAACAGAAAAGCGGGAGUGGUCAGUCGCCCGCGCGGCCAUCAGCAGCAGUCGGCUCUCACCGCCAAAAGAUACCUCAUCCUCAUUUACACUGUGGAGUUUGACAGGAUACACUACCCUUUACCGUUGCCCUAUGUGGGAAAGCCUGACCCAGCCACCCUGCAGAAGGAGAUCCGAGCCCUCAGAGCCGAGAUCAGCGCUCUCACCUCCCAUGGAGGCGGCAAAGCCACAGAUCUAGAAAUGCACCGGCUACGACAAGAGCUCGCUGCAGUGAAAGAGGAAAAGGAAGCCAUGGCCCAGCAUCUGGAGAGAUUGCAAACGAGUGGGAGGAGUUCAGCGCCGGGGAGAGAAGACUGGAGGAUCAGAGACGUGGUGCGGACGCUGGAGGAGCAGCUCGUCAAGGAGAGGGCCAAAAGUCAACGCUCAACCAGCAAAAGGUGCCAAGAGCAGCGACUCCUAAUGGAGCAGCUGGAGGAGCUGAGGGCAUCAGAGUGUGCUCUGCGUGUUCGGGUCAAGAGCCUCACCAAUGAGCUGGCGUUGCUGCGGAGAGGCAGAGUGACUCCCGUGUCGGGUCACGUCGGCUCUCGGAUUGACGGGGAGGUCUAUCGGUCUCUGUCACGGGAGAGACGGUCCGGCUAUGGAGUCAGGGCCCGCUCUGGGUCCAGAGAACGGAUGGAGGACAGGAGAAUGAGGUCGGGUGAGAGGGGCAGAAGAGCCGAUUCGUCAGGACCGCGUCCUCACAUGCCGAGGCCAUCGCCUUCACCCACAGGUUCUCAGGCUCCUCGCUUUGACCCCACUGCCUACAUCCAGGACAGGCAGCGCAGGCAGAAAGAGGCAGAACUCAAAAGGUUGGUUCCCAAAUGUUUACCUUUUAAUUUCUCUUCUGCCUUUCACACAGCAGAUGCAUUCAUUAAUAUCUUCUUUUAUUUAAUUUUAUUUUACGUCAGACAGCGGAAAGUGCGAAGGGACAUACUUUCUUCGCCUGUCCUCCCUGAGCGGGGCCGCUCCCGAUCCAGAGAGGCCAAUCCUCAGCUGGUGCGGACCGGCAGCAGAGGCAGGAGUCUGUCGAUGGAGCGUAGAGGCAGCAGGAACUCCUCCGAGAGCUCAUUAGCAGAUAUGGAUGAAAUGACCAAAACUCUUUUCAGGGGAAGAAAACAGACGUACAAUGGACCCAAUAUGUCUCGAGGCCUUUUAACCAGAAAGCCAUUAUGCAGUACUCCAACCCACAGAAUAAAAGACAAAGACAGCUCCAUAGACACGGGGGCUGAGCUGUCAGAGAUCGAUGCCAGGCUGCAGGCGCUUCAGGACUACAUGAGGGACCUGGACACGGGACACUAAGCUGCUGCUGGAGCCACAUGUGGGCCAGGCAGCCCAGCUUGAAGCCCGGCUGACCGGGGAGCACAUCCUGGAUCUAACAGGAGCGGCUUGUUUAUUAUGCGUUCAAAUGAGACUGAAGCUCCCUCUGGAGACGCCGCUCCAUGACUUCAGGAAUCUACAACCAUCACUGUGAAACUCACUGGUCUAUGUAUGUGUAUGUGUGUGUGGACUUUAUUUUUUUAUGCCCUGAAUUCUUAGAAUAAUUUAAAUAUGACUGGCUGUGGAAAUUCUAGGUCAUUUUAAACUUGUCCAUGUUUACAGAAGUUGUCAGUACUUUGAUAUUUAUUUUGUUUGCCGUUUUCUGGUUUUUACUAUUAUGAUAUCAUAUUGGAAGUGCAGAGUUAGGUGUCCUUUAACAUUUACAAUUCUUCUUCCCUCCUUGGUACAGCCUAAGGAGUGUUAAUAGAUCCUCUGUAUUGCAUCACACUGUGCAGUUACAUUCAUUUCUGCAGAUUUUCUCGGGAGAUAAACCCAACAAAAUUUGCUGUGACUCCAUGUGUUUUUUUUUUUUUAUCCUUACAAUAGAAAAUCCACACAUUGGACAUGUAGCUUUUUCUUUCCCCUAAUGCAUGCUGGGAUAGCUUCCAGAGGCACCAGCCAAGCGGAUAUGCACGUUGCCAAAAAGCAUACUUGUUAAAAAUGUGAUUCCUGCCAAAACUUUAUUUUCCAGCAGCGUUUUAUUUAGUCCUGUUUGAAUCCGAAGCUUCCCGGUGCAUUUUGCCAUUAUAACUGAUCCACAUGUGCAUUAUUAUUCAAGUUUUACUUGCAUGAGUCCCUUUAAGAGAAGCACAAACCCCUGUGUGGGGAAAAUAACUUAUGUGUUUGUUUAAAUCUGUUUACUUCUACAAACUAUAAAUAACCACAUUUUCUUAUGCAAUUGUA